GAUUGGAUGGUGAUUUUCUUGUGGUCCAUUUAUGCAAGUAAUAUGUGUACAGAUUACAAAGAUAAACUAGAAUUUAAAACCUCUGCACUUCACUGCUCCUAUAUAAACCUUUCCUUUGUGCCUUAAAUUUUAUAUUAUCAUUGCAUUUCUUUAGUGUCUAAUUGAGAGUCUUUUCUUUUCUCUCUCAUUUGUCUGAGUGUUUUACACACUCCUUCUCUCUCUCUCUAGAAUUUCAUUUCAAACCUAGAUUUUCUCUUUGUUUUGCCUUUAAAUACCGUUCAAACGGUGUCUUUAGUUCUUAGUUUUGUGUCGUGGUGGUGGUUUUUUGUCAGACGUGGAGAAAUUUUUGUGGGUCCAAAAGUGAGUGUUAUUCUGAUCUGAGGUCUCGAUUCAGGUGAAAGUUCUUCUCCUUUUUUACAUGGAGAAUAGCGCCACAUCGGUACGAACUGAAGCGAUAUCGAUAGGUCUUAAUCUUCCAAUGCCGGUGAAAGAGAAAGGAGACUGUCAGCAUUUUUCGAUGCGUCAAUAUGUUGCUGAUCAGAUGAGAAAGAAGGACAUGCAAAUUUGUUCACCUUUUGGAUCAAGCAGUAUUGUUAGGGCAUUUGUCAAUCCAGCUACCAAGGAAUGUUCAGCUCGAGAAAUAGAACUAAUGGACCCAGUUGCUAACCUGUUGAAGAGCAGUACAAAGAUUGCAGUUACCGAGCCAAUUCCCUCAAAUGAUGGAAAUGACAAAGUAGUUCCUCAUGACGAUAUAGAUAGUGAAAUUGAUCCAGAGAAAGAAAAAAACUCUCAAAAUGGACAGAGAACUGCUUCAAACACUUCAGAUCAAAUAGAAGUUCUUAGUGGUAGCAAAGAAAAGGUUCUUAAUAUGAGAAGUGUCAUGUUACGUGGAUCACCUUCUUUUGGAUCGAGAAAGGGAACUGACAAAUCUAAGGGGAAUGAUGCAAAUUUGGCUGAAAAUAAUCUGUGCGAUUUGCAUGAGGAUAUUGCAAGUGAUCUACCGCCCAAAAAAACUAAAAAAACGCGGUUGCUAACUGACUUGUUGCGUGGAAACGUCAAUUUGGAGAUGAGUCAUGCCAAUGCAGAACUAUUUUCAGCGAAUACCAUGCCUAUGUUGCGUUCUGAGACAGAUACAGUUGCUACACCUACGGAUAAGGUGUCUAUUCUUGAAAAUGUAGGCAAAGGUAUAAAGAUUUCUCGGAAGAAGAGGAAUAUGUCUCAAGAAGACGGCUCCAAGUCAGGGAUGAACCUAGAUGGUAAGAUGGCUAAAAGAUUGAAGGCGUUAAAUCAAAAUCAAAAAGCUAAGAGGAGUCCCAUGGAAAUUAAAGUUACUGAUUCACGUCCAGGAGAGAAUGGAUCUGAUAGAGAAUGUCUGCAGAGUGGUAGCAAAAGUGUGAAGAAUAAGCAUAUAAGUGAUGAGGACUCUGGAGUAAGUAGAAAGAAACAUAAGCAAGCUCAAGUUGUCGGUGGAUAUUCUCUUCAAAUGCCCUUGGAAAAGAAAAAUAGUACUGGUAUUGGAACUAGUGGAUACGGUGCAAAUAUUCUUUUUCAAUCGUCACAUGCUUCCCCAAGUACUGGGAAAGUUGAACUUCGUUUGAGGAAUAACAACGAAUCAUUGCGGGGAAAAGAAAGGGAUUUUGGUUUGAGCUUGAACAGUAACAAGUUGCUCGAAGUUAGACAUGCCUCUUCUCGUAUGAAUGUGGUACCAGAUAAGAAUUUGAGAAGAGACAGUGUAUCAAAAGGGAAAGAUGUUGUACAAAUGCCGAUUGGUAUGGGAAUGGUGACUCCUCAGCCAGAAAAGGAGUUAUCUAUUAAAGAGAAGUUAGACUGGUCUUUAAGCAGCUUCAAGGGUGCUCAGAAACAUGUUGGCAUAGGAACGGUGACUCCUCAGCCAGCAAAGGAGUUAUCUAUUAAAGAAAAGUUAGACGGGUCUUUAAGCAGCAUCAGGGGUGCUCAGAAACAUGUUGAAAAUUACACAACCCAAAGCAAAAACACAAUAAAUUGGCCAUUGGUUCUACAGAAGGGCAAUAAGAGUUGUGAUCUUCUCAGGUCAAAUAUGUCUGAAUCGGGUCAGUCAUCAGGGAAAAAAGUGAACUCUCUUGUACCAAAUGUGUUUGAACCAGGUCAUUCUUUGAGAAAAUCUCUUUUCAGACGGCCACAUGUGUCUGAAACAGGUGGAUCUUUGAGGAAAGGAGUGAACCCUCUUGUAACACAGACAAAUGUGCCUGAAGCACGUCAAACUUUGAGGAAAGGAAUGAUUUUCGACCUCAACCAGGGAAUUGCUCAAACACCACCGAAUUGCUCUUCAGAUCUGCUUCAACGAGGAAAUUUUCAAAUUCAAAAUCCAAUGGAGAUGCAGUUCAAACUAUUCGGCGCUUCAACACAAAUUCAGCAGAGACUAUCAAACGGAUUGCAAGUUUCUGCUCUUGUCCCCACCAGAUGGGGGUUGCAGCAUGGCGAAGGACCAAAACCUGUAUGGUUUCCUGCUGGACAGAACAUAUCCUUUGGACAACCUUCUGGCUCAGUUCAGAAGGGUCGGACCAUUAGUGAUAUAAAGACUUUAGAAUCAAAAAGUUCAAACAAGACAGGAAACCCAGGUGUGGGGGCUUCAAACUUCAAACAGAGACCUUUCUCUCCCUACAUCAACCACCCACCUAUUCCUUACUUCAAUGAUCAAGUAUCUCUUCAAACCCAACUACAAGAGGAAAAAAGGAAACCUCAUGCAACUGCACGACUUGGUGGAACAAAAUUGCAACAGUCAAGUGGCCUCCUGCUCACCACUAGAGUUCCUGAGUCAAGAGGAAUUUUCGGUGCAUCAAGUUCUAAAUUUGUUCCGUUGCAGGAUGAUAAUACUUACAAAUCAUUGAACGCAGAUGGCUGUAGUACCCGUGUAGCUGUACUACCUGUUAGAAGAAUUUUUGAAAAGGACCCUUCUUGCCUUUUCAAUCAAAAUCCUGCUGACAUUGCCCAUGCUGAUGAUGACACGUAUAUGAGAACUGUUGCGGAUCAAAGAGUUCAUGACAAGAGUGCGUUGAAAGAGAAAACUAGUCCUUUACAUUUAAAUGGGCGGAAGAGGCAAAGGAGAAAAGAAAGACCAGGAAGAAUGCCGCUAGGAUGCUGUGCAUCCUAA